AUGGUGCGCGUGCCCGGAUCUUUGGAGGAUGCGCAAGCCGAGUUUGGGCAAGGGAAUCAAGCGUCGACGGAGAACGGAUCGCCGUCGACGCUGCUGAUAGAUGAUGGAUCCGCGGAUCGGCAGAGCCUAGGGAGGGGCUCUACCGACGGAACAGAGGAAGGUCUCGAUGCGAAUCGUGGCCUGCCGGACGAAAGUCCACCAGCGCAAGCCGGAAUUCAACCACCCAGUGCUAGAUCAUUCAAGAAGAAGCCAGCGAGAUCGAAGUCGUCGCGGAAGAAGAUGAAGGCUCCCGACUCCGACGCUGACGAUCGGUUCGAUCUCGCACUAACCGUGACUGAGGCUCAACUAGCUGCCGCGUACUACAGGAAGGAGCUCCACGCUUUCCUACUUCAGGACGGCGUGAUGAAGCUCCUUCGGCCGAAGCUCCUCGGUGAUCUCGCGGGACCGGUGUCACAGCCGACCUCUGGACCUGACAAGUUAGCUGCCGUACAGACCCUGCUACGGCUCUUCAAGGAAGUGGGCAUCAUUGCGGGAGCGCUGGACGCACAAAGUCUGUUCGAUCUGAAGCUCAGCGAGAUCCAGAACUCGACUCAGACUCUGUUCCAGCUACUGAAGCCGUUGAUCGUCCCAGGAGCCUUCCAGAUUGACAGCAUCCAGACCAGUGCCAACGCCCAACCCAGGCGACCAAACGGCGACAUCGUCCCCAUACGUAUCUGCGACAGAAGAGGUCGAGCGGAGCGCGCCGAGCACGAGGUGGCGGCGCCAGUUCGAGAACCGAAGAUUGCAGCAGCAUCAGUGCAUCACUCUCCGGAAAAGCUUGAUUCGUUCUUCCACGCGGCCAUGGAACGCUUUCGGAAGGAACAACAGCUGCCUGGUACCGCGCGGAAGUUGCAGCCGACCGGAGAUCAAGAUGUGGACAUGGAGUCUGUUGGAUCACCAAUCCGACACUCUGCGUCAUGGGAGUUCGAUCCCGACGACCUCGAUCUGGGUCGACCUGCCCGUGCGGUGAUCGCAACAACAGCUUCUACUUCAGCAGGAGGAACCGGUGCCGCACCACGCAUCCGCGUGUCUGCGAUGUCUGAGCUGAAAGAAUUCUCAGGGAAGGACGGCGACGAAGACCGAUCUCGAUCUUGGGUCAAAAAGGUAAGGUCGGCCUUCGUCUGCAAUCAAGCUCCCGAUGAUGAGAAGUGUCUAGUAUUCGGAGAUCUACUCACGGGCCCGUCGCGAAACUGGUACCGCCAGCUGAGUGGUACGACCCGCACCACGUGGAAGGACCUUCUACAGAGCUUCCAGAUCCAGUAUUGUGGACGAUGUGUCUCGGUUGCCCGCCAGUACUACCAUGCUCGGAAACGAUCUGACGAGUCGCCUUUGGAGUACCUUCAUCGACUCAACGUUGCGGGGCUGCGGACACGUCUACAAGUCAAGGACGGACCGCCGGACGUGCGUCGUGAGCAUGUGGAACAUUUCAUCGAGACGUUGGACGACCGCGAUCUAGCGGACCAGCUCGCCCUGCUGCGGAUUCCUGAUGCGGAUAUCCUGGAAGAAGUCUGCGAUCUCGCCAGCGCGCCGAAGCGCGACAGAGCAAGACAGUGUAUGGCUCGAUCAAGCCCCGUCAGAAGCCACCAGCUACCGCCGGUAACCGCGCAGUGCGAGCGAUCCAGAUACCGAGCGACACUAGUGACUCCGACUCUGGAUCAAGUGGAUCGGGUGAAGAUGGAGAUCUGCGCCGAGUGUACGCGACCGCGGCUGGCAACAGCAACGGAGCGACUGAACAUCGCACCUCUGGUCAAGACCGGCGUCUACCGGAACAAGAUCGCAACCGUCCGGAUCGUCGGCCCGGUCAACACUCGAUGCCAAACGACAUGGGGGCGCCCCUCAAGCGGUGCACUCAUUGUGGGUCUGUCAAGCAUGAUGAUCUGGGAUGUUGGAAGCGGUUGA